AUGAUUGUAUUGCUUCCUCCCAAAUUUUUGCAGAAAACGGAUAUGUGUAUUAGAUUUGGCUGUACUUUCAACCUACGGGGCUCAAACACUGAAUUCCAGUUUGCAAAGGUCCCCCCCCCCCCCCCCCCUUCCCUCUUCAAUAUGGCCUCCAGACAGGGUCGCCUUGCGAUUGACGGUACGUGGCGUAGACUGCAUAGUUGUGGCCACUGCUUUGGAUGUGGGCUUGCAACAUAUCAGCGAAGCAGCAAGAGUUCUGAAUUGAGGUCAGCACCAGUCGAUCGUGGAUCGCCACUGUUUUUCACCGGCAAACACGAUUCUCACCUGGAGAUUGGGGUUCCAGAAUUCUGA